AUGUUUAGCGGCUCAUCAAGGAAGCCGUACACGGCUAUCACUGUUCAGAUUGAUCGCUUAACAAGCGAACAAUACGAGGAAGAUGACAUUGGAGGCAUCAUCGACUUGGUGGACGUGAUUCGCAUCCAGGACUCAGGACCAACCGAGGCUGCCAGAGCUCUUCGAAAGAAGCUCAAAUAUGGCAACCCUCACAGACAGAUUAGAGCCCUUGUCAUCCUGGACGGUCUUAUUCAGAAUGCUGGAGGACGAUUCCAGCGGGCUUUUGCCGAUGAACCACUGCUUGAGCGUCUUCGACUGAUGGCCCGUGACGACAUGGUCGAUGCUCAAGUUCGACGAAAGUGCCAGGUCUUGUUCGUGCAAUGGGCCAAUGCUUACAAGAGCACACCUGGACUUCAGAGCAUUGCCACCCUGUACAAGGAACUUCCAAAGACGGCAACCCAACGACCUGCGGCUGCUCGACAGAAGGUCCUUCAAGACACCACUGCUGCCGACUCUGACGCCGAGUCACCUUUCGCAGAGCCACCGACACGAGCCCGAUCAAGCUCCAAGCCCCAGCCUCCAGUACAAGCUGCUGCUCCUUCUAGACCAGUUACUUUGACACCAACAUCGUCUGGUUUCUCGUCCAAAUUGUUCAAGGACAAGAAAAGCAGUGGCAACAAGUCCUUCAGUCUCUCCAAGGAGAAGGACAACAUGACUAAUUGCAUCGCCCAAGCGUCAAUCGCAUCGACGAACUUGGUCAACGGGCUUCAGCUGAUCAACCGUGAGAACGAGCGAGUAUCAACGAACCCAGAGGUCGUGCGAAGGUUCGAGGCUUGCAAGGAUCUUAGGCGCAAGAUCCUUUACUACAUUGCCCAUGUGGAGUCUGAGCAAUGGAUUGGUAGCCUUGUCAACGCCAAUGAUGAGUUGGUAAAGGCCCUGACUGCGUACGAAAUCAUGGACCGCAGUGUCGAUGAUGACAGCGAUAGCGAUGCGUGGGAGAAUUCGAAGGCUCCGGCUCCACAGAGAGGCAAUAUAAGCACCACACAGCAGCAAUUGGCCGGACUUUCGAUUGACACAGCACCUGCGAAACCACCACGGCCGGCUUCAAUACCGAUGCCGCCCAAGCCCGCGCCUCCACCACCACCGCAGGCACCUGCGGACGAGAGCGAUGAAGACCCAUUCGGCGACUCGCAUGCCGCGAAGACGCCAUUCGAUGAGCGUGCCGGCAUGAGCUGGAGGGAAGUGUAG